AUGAAAGGACCAGAGGCAUGCCCAAUAACCCUUCCUACCUUAGAAUCCCCCCUGCCCAACAUAAGGCAGAGGACAACUGGCUCCCCUGUGUCACACACAAAUGUCCUAGUAUUAUUUGGUGGUAAUUCCCAGAACUCCCCUGCUGUUGGGUCAGUUAGAAAAUCCCAGCGGUCUUGGAGAGCCCCAUCUGCUACCACUGCUUCUGCAGGUGUUUCAUGUACAAGAUCUGAUGAAGGUGCCAAGAGUAAAGAUAAGAAAAGACCAAGCACCUCCCAGGCACGGCCCGGCACUGAUAGUUCUUGCAGAAUCCCUCUAGAUCAGAAGGCAAUUCAGUUGGUACAAUUCAUGCUUUGCAAGCAUAACAUGAGGGAGCCCAUAACAAAGGAAGACAUGAUGAGUCAUGUCAUCCAAAGGUCCAAGAAGCACUUCCAUGAGAUCCUCAGGAGAGUCUCUGAGCUAAUGGUACUGGCCUUUGGCAUUGAUGGGAAGGAAGUUGACCCUACGAGGCAUGGCUACACUCUUGUCAGCAAAUUGGAGCACAUGGGUGAUGGGAGGCUGAGUGGUGAGGAGACCAUGCCCAGGGCGGGCCUCCUGGUGACUAUCCUCUGUGUGGCCUUUAUGAAGGGCAACUGUGCCACUGAGGAAGACAUCUGGAAAGUAUUUAAUAUGAUGUGUAUAUAUGCUGUGAAGAAGCACUUCAUCCAUGGGGAGCCCAAGAAGCUCAUCACUCAAGCUUUUGUGCAGGAAAGAUACCUGGAGUCCCGCCAGGUGCCCAACAGUGAUCCUCCAUGCUACGAGUUCCUGUGGGGCCCAAAAGCCCACACUGAGACGACCAAGAUGACAGUGCUGGAGUUCUUAGCCAAGAUCCAUGAUAUAGUUCCCAGUGCUUUCCCAUCCUGGUAUGAAGAGGCAUUAAGAGAUGAGGAAGAGAGAGCACAGGCCAGAGUAGCAGCUAUGCUGCAUACUGACGCCAUGGCUAGUGUGCUUCCCAGGGUCAGUCUCAGCAGCCUCUCCCACCAGUAA